AUGGCUUCAAAGUUCUUCCUCCUUGCCUUUUUGGCUCUGUCAGCUUCUCAUGCCCUUGCCUCUGACCCAGGCCAGCUUCAGGAUUUCUGCGUCGCAGACAAGACAUCUCAAGUUUUUGUCAAUGGAUUCGCAUGCAAAGACCCAAAGACUGCAGUGAUAGAGGACUUCUACUUCUCUGGCCUCCACAUGGCCGGCAACACAAACAACAAGCAAGGCUCUGUUGUGACCGCAGUUAACGUGGCGCAGAUUGCUGGGCUUAACACUUUGGGUGUGUCAUUGGCUCGUGUUGAUUAUGCACCCUAUGGUCAAAACCCACCGCACCUUCACCCUCGUGCAACUGAGAUCCUGGCAGUAUUGGAAGGCUCACUCUAUGUUGGUUUCGUGACUUCAAACCCUGAGAACAAGUUGUUCUCAAAAGUUUUGAACAAAGGGGAUGUGUUUGUGUUUCCGCAAGGGCUGAUUCACUUUCAGUUCAACAUCGGAAACAACAAAGCGAUAGCCAUUGCGGCGCUGAGCAGCAAGAACCCUGGAGUGAUCACCAUAGCUAAUGCGGUGUUUGGAUCCAAGCAAUCUAUCUCAGAUGAUAUCCUGGCAAAAGCCUUCCAGGUGGACAAGAACAUUGUAGACCAUAUCCAAGCUCAAUUUUAG